CGGUCUACUAUUCGGGCUACCAAGUACCAACCAACCGACCAACCGGAGGUUCAGUCGACGCCGCGCACCCAAACGGUCCAGACCUGUCUGUCAGCCUUUGGCUUCACGCAGCUUCCACGUCCUUACUCACUACUCGUGCUUCGACCAUCCUGGAUUAACACACCGAGUCCCUAUCGUUAUUUUAUAUUCACUCCGUGUGGUUCGAUCAGUUUCCAAACACGUCUCCAAAAGUGUCUUCGACUUUCUGCUACUCCAGGACUCACCAGAACGUGUCUUACUACGUAGCUUACCGAGUGAUCAAAGUACGAUCCAUCGUCUGCAAGACGAAGGCAGUGUGAUCUCACUCUCGGGAGCCAGCAGCCAACCAGUCGGCCAGUCAGCCGCGAGACAAGAAGCGAGGGAGGAGAGGACACUCUGAGGCAGUGUGCGAGGGGCCAAGAAAGAGUUAGAGCGACUCGGAGUGCCAAAAGAGAGACUGAGGAAGAAAAGAGAGACAGACUUGUUAGCCGGUGGAGGGAGAGACUUGAGGCGAUAGACAGAAAGUAUAGUCAACCAACGAAGGAGCGGUGGGAAUUUAUAAGGAUGUUCGCGAUAAUGCCGAUGGAGACAGAGGGGCACGGCAGGGAGUUCGGCCGGCGGCAGAAGAUGCGAGCCAAGUGCACUGUCGAGUUCGUCUGCAAGUACUGCCAGCGACGCUUUACCAAACCCUACAACCUGAUGAUCCACGAGCGCAGUCACAAGGACGACGUGACCUUCUCCUGCGAGGUCUGCGGCAAGUCCUUCAAGCGGCAGGACAACCUCAAACAACACAGGAGCAUACACUCCGUUCCCUACAAGGGCUCCAACGGCUACUCAAAUGGCUAUUCGAAUGGCUACUCUAGGUACUAGAAGCCAUCCAGCCAUCCCAACAACUCCGUAGAUUUGUUUUUUCAAUAUGUAGAUUUUUAAAUAUCCUAACCCCUCUUCCCUCAAUCCCUAAUCCUUAAUCCUUUAUUCCACUUUCCCAACAAUCCCUUUAGUCAGACGCGCAAAAAUGCAAAAAAACUAAACAAAAAACAGAUCUGCCUCAAAAGAGGUUGUUCCAAAUCGAGCGCUCUUGCUAGUCCAGCAGUCCUUCAUUUGUUUGUGAUCCUUUUCUUGGAAUCAUCCUUAAUUUUUGAGUCAUUAUUAUUUUUUGAGUAAUCCAUUCAUAUCCUUAUCCUAUUUUUCUCCUAUUAUCCCUAAAUAUCAUCCAUCUGCUACACCGAUCCUCCGCUUCGUACCAGAUUUAUCUAAUGCCGAACCCUUUACGAGUCCCGGAACUCGAUGCAGCGAGGUUCGACCUUCAUGGAGUCGUGCAACAUCCAACAGCUGAGUUCACCGUAAACGCGGUACGAACAGACAUCCGGAGGAGAAAAGAAGAGACUGAAGAUACUUUUCCUAAAGGGCGAUUUUCUGUUUGUAAAACUGCGAAUCAGUUCUCUUUCUGGGGAGCUUGAUCCUGAAAGACAUUCCAUCAAGAUUCGUCACUUGUUACUAUUUUGUAAAUUAAAUUUUUUUCGAAACGUAAAUGUAAAAAAUUCCAUGUCGUAUAGAGAAUUGGAGAGGAUGAGCUUCGUUUUUAAGUUCACUCAAUCAGGUGUUUUAUUUAAUACGUUUCGGGUAUUUUCUUUCUUCACCAUGUUUGAUAGACCUAUGGUGCCAUCUUUAGAUCAGUUGAUAACAUUACUUAUUUUUGGCAACACCGUUGGUACGAUUUUAAAAUGAUUAUGGAUCCACUUUCUGAUGCUGAAAAUAAGAUUUUUAACAGUGUUCUGAUAUCAUCAGUUAUGUUAUCAUCUGGACCACCGAUAAAAACUAUUUAUUCACAAAAAUUAUUGUCCUGAAACUUGCUGUUAGCAAAAAUUCACUUGAAGGAAGACGGAACCUAUUUCUUGACUAAGACACAUUAGUUUGGAAUUCUACUGGUAACCAGAGCAAUAUUUCAUCAUCUGAAGAGAGUGGACUACUUGGACAUCCUGGAAUAUCUGUAAACGAAGCUGACAAACUCAUCACCAUAUACUGAAUUUGUACUAAAUCCCACUUUCACUAAUCUAGAAAUUGGCACCAUCAACUUUUAAUCAAGGGAAUUACAUUUUAUUGCUAUAAAAUCAGGACAGUCUUCCCCGACUUCACGUACUCAUCAUCUUAAAUCCUCAUCGGCAAAAGCAAGACCAUUUGGGCCAACUAGACCAUCUAUAAUUAAAUCUAGGAUACCUUGCAUCAUUUACCAUCUAUCGUCAAACAAAGGAGCAACCCAAUUUAUAGCUAUCAGCAUAUUUUUUUAAUGAUUAUUCUACUCGGUAUUCCAAAUCACCAUGUGGAUAAGCCAGAAUAUCUAAAAUUAAGGAAAAUUUUGUUUAGUUAAAAUUUAAUCGUCUAAAACUGAAUCUGAGCAACCAUCACUUUGGAAUCAUCGUCACCAUCCUUAAAGAAACAACGCAAUUUUUGACUUCCAAAGAAGAUCUAUCCUAAUUUCCUACUAUCCAGUAGUGAAAAAUACCAUCUAUACCAGCCCGACCAUCUCUAAUUAAGACCGAGUUUGCAUUUUUGAACUUGGUACCAUCGACUAUAGGAACAACAGCUACAGAAACCAAUUCUUAACGAUGAGAACAACUACUCUGAACAAAUUUGCUAUUCAUCACUUAAAAUACUAUAUUUGACAACUAUAUCAUCUCUUUCAGACCUUGAAAACUUGGUCUAAUUUCAAUUGAACAAAGAAAUCUCUUCCUUUACAAAAUUGUAGAUCUUCUUUGUAUUAAAAAGGGGUGGUAACAAAAAGGCUUGGUACUCCUCCAGGCUGAUGUCCUAAAUUGGACUACAUAAUAAUGGCCUCCUGGAGAUGGUGAACAAGCUACCGAAGUAUAGUGAAGUUUGCUACUGUGGACCACGCCCAGGCCCCGGGCGACAUCCUCUUCUGUACCCAACCAUCUAUCGGAAGCUGGGGCUACCUAAAGUGGAAACAAAUGGGGUAAGAGAUGCUGAUGUAGGAAACAAAGCCGCGAAUAAAUUUAUCCCUCGUUCUUCGGUACCAGCUGACCUUGGACACCGGGAAAGUCGAUGUCGAGAUACACAUGUCGAAAGCUAAGCAUGUCUCAUGGCUUCCAAUGGAUUUAACCGCAAGCAGAGUGUCACUUCAAUUUCGGCCGGUCUCCACAAACUGACGAGCACCAGGAUCGGCGUAGACAUCGAGCUCGAUCAAGCGGAAUGGCACAAAUAAUUAAUUGCAUUUAUAAGCUCGAACAAGAACGAAUGGGUCCGAUCAUGUUCGCAGUAGGUCCUCCCCGAUUCUCUUGCGACAUUUUAGCGAUCGUUUCGUCGACCCACCCGGUCUCUGACCUCCACGAUUCGACCCCCCCCCCCCCCAAGGCGCCAAUAUCUGGAUAAAGUUUUAAUUUUUUUUAAAAAUUAUUUAUUUCUUUUUUUGAGUUGUAGUCAGCACCGGAUUUAAGGAACCAAAUUAAUUUUGUUGGCCCUCCCACUGUCACGUGGAAAGUGAACAAGAUUCAAAGUGCAAAACCGGUUCCUUUUCUACUUUUUCACCCUUUCUGUUCUCGAUCAGAAUAAUCCAACAGGAAGGGGAAAAAAUGGUGUCUUAUUUAUUUCUGAUCUUACGUCGAUUUUUCUUCAUGCUUUCCUUAGCAUCGAGGAAUAAAAAUUUAGGACAUUUUAAAAAUUUUAUGCUAUUUAAGAAGUUUUCUCGUACUGAAACACAGAAUCGUAAGAAUGAGCAAAUUUAAAAUUUAAAUUAAAAAAUUCAUGCAAAAUUGUAAAAGAGUCAAAUAUGUAAUGUCUUUCCUAAUACAAUGCCAAAAUCAGACUUUUCCUUAAACUAUUGAAUUUAUUGUCAACUAUUUUAAACUUGGAAAUGUUUCAAUUUGGCUAACAGAGGCAUAAUCAAUUGGAGAAGCAGCUAUGGCGUCUCGAGGUUAUCGAGACAAAAGCUUAUAAGUUUGCUUGCCUUACUCGUAACACGCUUUCGGUCUAAUUUGCAAAUAAUAAAAAUGUGAUCAAAAAUCGUAGGAUUUAUUUUUCGUUAAUGCGAAAAAUAUGUAAGUCGCUUUCUUUUCUGAGAAAUCUUGAACUUCCAAAAAAAUGAGACUGCAGUCGCGCUUUGUAAAUAGCUUAACGUAUUACUGUGUUUUUAAUAUUAUUUUUAAUAAUUAUUAUUAUAUUAUAAAUAUUACGAGCAUUACGAAUAUUAUAUUAUUAUUAUUAUUAUUAUUAUUUUAUAAAGUAAUAGGGAUUAGUCAUUUUAGCACUCGAUAGGCCGCUCGAUCAUACCGAGUUGUACCCUAGUGUACCUAGUACUAGGAGUGAUAAUAAUUUUAUUAAUUACAAUUGUACAUCUAUUUUCACGUAAAUGUCACUUUAGCAUUACCACGAGCCAAUUAGAAAUUCAGAGUGAGCGCACGUGCUGUGUGAUGAUGUUUCGUUGAUCUUUAAAAAAGAAAAAACGAAUGUCCGCGUGUGUUUUUGGUUCGUCGUUGUAUAUUGCGGUUGCGUUCAGUACCAACCUGUCAAUAAAUUUGACCAGUCGUACAAGAAA